UUGUUGUAAUCCUCCGGCAAGAACACGCUGAAUUUUGUUUGAUUGACUUUCUUCAUAGCAAAGGAGUGUCGUGAAUUAUCCGAGUUUUUCCUUAUUUUACUUGAAGUGAAGAAGGAGAGAGCCACGAAAGAUGGGUGACCUGGACAGCUCUGAGAGCCCCAUAGCAGCUCUCACCUCCCCCACCAAGGACAAACUGGCGCUGAUGCUCAAUGGACAGAAAAUUCUCACCUCUGAUGAAGGGCUUCCUAGGGACUGGCGCGGCCUGGCGCAGCGCCUGGACUGCGACAUGGAGCGGCAGCAGCAGUUGGGUCGUGCGGCCAGUCCGGCGGCCGCCCUGCUGGAGCACUGCCGCGCGCUGCCCGUCGGUCAGCUGUGGACUGCGCUGGCGGCCAUCGGACGGCUGGAUGUGCAGGACGAUACCCAGGAAAUAGUCGCGGCGGACGUGGCUCGGUACCAGGAGCGGCUCUCGGGCUCGGUACGCACCAGCAGCGCCCUCCCGCUCGGCUCCGCCGGUGACGACGAGGAACUGCUCUGUGUCGGCGACGCCGAGUGUCUGCGAAACGGUCAGCCGCUGCCGACCUUUGACGCAUUUCUGCUGUACGAUGACGGAGACGCCGAGUUUGCCGCCGAGAUCGUCCGACGCAUGGAGGACAGGGGAAUCAAGCUGUGUGACAAGGAGCGCCACCUGCUGCCCGGGGUGACGUUCGAGCACCAGGGCAUCAUCCGGCUGAUGGAGACGCGCUGCCACCGCGUGCUGGCCGUCCUCUCGCCCCGCUUCCUCGAGUCGGCCGUCAACAAGUUCCUGGCCAUGUUCGCACAGGCGCUCGGACUCGACAAGCGGGGUCGGAUGCUGCUUCCGUGCGUGUACCAAAAGUGCACGCUGCCCUCGUACCUGAUGUACUGCUCGCGGCUCGACUUCACCCGCGGGAUCGGCCUGAUGGAUCCCUGGGAGAAGAUGUACGACACGCUCAAAGUGGCCAUGGCCACCCGCGUCAGGUCCAUCUCGUCGUCAGUCUCAGAGAGUCGGCCGGCACCAGCGGCCGCCGCUCAGUCCAAGGCGCGCUGUAACUCGACCUCGGGCGCCCUGGCCGUGCCGCGCACCCCCGUGCCGGCCGCCUGCGAGCCGCCCGAGAAGCCAGCGGCGGCCGAGGCGCAGCCGCGGUCCGCCAGUCGGGGCUUCCUGCGGCGUCUGCUGCCGACCAGGGGGCGCUCGCGCGGCUCAGAGAGCGGCACCGAGGGCGCCCCCACCACGCCGGAGUCGGAGCCCACCGCCGAGACGGAUCAGCAGCGGCGCGGCCAGCUCGGCAAACUGUUCAACCAUGGCAAGGACAAGCACAAGAACGGCAAACACAAGGCUAAGGCUGAGAAGAAGAAGAAAGAAGCCCUGCUAGCAGUGUGAUGAUUGUGGCGCGUGAAGUGUUCUGUCUUUGCCUUGAAACGAAGUGUAGUGUUAGGUAAGUAUAAUAGUUAGGUAUACAAUAUGGGGAUUUGGGGACUUAUUGAUGUGUUCAUGCUGUAUCUACUUCUACUUUUUACUGUCCAUUGGAGACUGGUGCUUUGUGGUUCUUUGUUUCGAUAUAUGUACUUCAGAAACUCUGCUAUAAAACGGAUAGCAGCUCCAAUUCCAUGAGUCACUUAGUACUUAUGUCACAAUUUUCAAUGGGGUGUCAUGCAGGUAACCUGUACUUCCAUAUCAUAGAGAAAUAGUUCAGAGAUAGCUGUGACUUCCUACAUGUCAGUCACCAGCUGUGCUUUACGUGCGCUCGGUGCUCACUUUGGUCAUGUUUACACCCGGUACAGACUCGAGCGGUGUCUGUUUGUGAUGCGAGGCGCUGCCGCCAGGUGGCAGGAGUGCGGGAGGGACUGUGGUGACCCGCCGGACGGGCCUUGUGCUUCCUUUGCGUGCUGACGGGUGGCUGUAUGUGUAUGUUUACGUGUGUUUAAGGUGUGCGUAUAUAUUGCUGAGCGCGGGUAGUGUGCGGGUAUACCCCGGGUGGAUGUCACCCCAGUCCGCGCGGGUGACUGCUCUAAAACGAGCUGUGGCGAAUCCUGUCCCCCUUUGGUCGCCGAGUGAUACCGCCUCACUGUGGUGUCAGGGCAACGCACGGCUCCCUUGCCAGGACGCAGUAUCGGAGGUAUCACAGUGGGAGACCAGCGCGGUACACGAGGUCUAGUCAGGGAAUUGAGCACAACACCGCGUGGCCUGGACUGUUGAACGUUGUUAGCGCUCGGUCGCCUGCCGGCACUGACCGGGUGCCUUGCCGGCCCCUGCUGUAUGCCGGCAGAUGUUGGAAGGCCUGGUGGAGAGUGUGGGAGCUGCUGCUCUCAGUGAGGUGACUGGGAACGAAGGGACCGGAGCGAGCCUUGCCUCCGAAGCGGGCUGUCUGUGAUUUACAGAGAAACUAUGACACAAGAUGAUGGUGCUGUUGGUAAUUCGCUGUAUUUGCACGUGCGUUACAAGCUGAAGGAUAUUUAAAUGUGCGUUGCAAGCUGAAAGAUAUUUAAAUAUAUCGACUUUUCUA